AGUGAGUGGCUUUCCUGUAAUCUCAUCUCAGGACGGAAGGGUUGAAGAAGACAGAGGAGAAGUAAUUAUUGGUUGGCGCUGGCGCGUUAGGCUGCGCAGAAACAAGAGGUACACAGCGCACUAGAGGGAGGGCCAUAGGGUUUUGGCUUUUCCUAUUAAAGCUCAACUCAACUCAACCAAAACCAUAAACAUUCCAACCUCUCGCCUCAUUGUGUUCCAAUUCUCUUCUGCAUCAACUGUGAGAGAAUUUCUACUCGAAUUUCAAGGUCAAAAUCUGAUAUAUUUAUUGGGGAGUUGGAAAGCUUUAACUGAUUGCUAUCUGGUUUCUCGUCCGCCUAAGUUUCAUCUACUUCAUCUUCUUCAGUUUUCUCUGGGUUAUCAAAGAAGAAAACCAGGGAAUGCUGAAAGAUGUGCUUCAAAGUUGACAACUCUCCAUUACUGAUUGAUGAGGUUGUAGCUCUGUUUGAGCUGCCCUUGUUCAUCAAUGAUGAGACUGAACAAACCCACAGUCCAUUCAGAUUCUAUGCUCAAAUGCCCAAUGCAGCAAGAAAUUUAGGGGGCCACACCUUAUCAAAACAUGAUGUCUAUGAGGAUGGUUGAACUUUUACGUUCUUGAGAAUAUAGUUUCUGUAUUAUAUACUACGCUAUCAGGUAGAAGUAGCUUCUGCUGUGUACAAGAAUAGUAGCCUUAAAUGGAAAACAAAGGGAGUGUGUUGAUGCAGCGGUAUGAAAUGGGGAGAUUAUUAGGCCAAGGAACCUUUGCCAAGGUACACCAUGCAAGGAACCUUAAAACUGGCAUCAGUGUGGCAAUUAAGAUAAUUGAUAAAGAAAGGGUCUUGAAGGUUGGGAUGAUUGAUCAGAUUAAGCGAGAAAUUUCUGUCAUGCGACUAAUUAGACAUCCCAAUGUUGUGGAGCUUUAUGAGGUAAUGGCCAGCAAAACCAAGAUUUACUUUGUCAUGGAGUAUGUUAAAGGUGGUGAACUCUUCAACAAGGUUUCCAAAGGAAAGCUAAAGGAGGAUGUUGCUAGGAAAUAUUUUCAACAGCUGAUCAGUGCUGUCGAUUACUGCCAUAGUCGAGGCGUCUGCCAUCGAGAUCUGAAACCAGAAAACCUACUUUUGGAUGAAAAUGAAAAUCUAAAGGUUUCAGAUUUUGGAUUGAGUGCCCUUGGUGAAUCUAAGCGCCAAGAUGGGUUGCUUCAUACAACCUGUGGGACCCCUGCAUAUGUUGCUCCAGAAGUAAUAAACAGGAAGGGCUAUGAUGGUACUAAAGCUGACAUUUGGUCAUGUGGGGUGAUAUUGUAUGUUCUGUUGGCUGGCUAUCUUCCGUUUCACGAUUCAAAUCUGAUGGAGAUGUAUAGGAAGAUUGGUAAGGGCGACUUUAAAUUCCCUAACUGGUUUUCUCCAGAGGUACGGAAGUUGCUGUCGAAGAUCUUGGACCCGAAUCCAAAAACUCGGAUAUCUAUGGCCAAAAUUAUGCAGAAUUCUUGGUUCCGGAAGGGCCUGGUCCAAACACCUGUAAUUGCUGAAGUACCAGUGAAAGAGCCAGCCCCUCUGGAUGUUGAUGCAAUUUUUGGACCUAGCGAAGGUAGCAAUUCUGCUGUGGAGUCAAAGCAAGAAUUAGCAAAGCCGUCUAACUUGAAUGCUUUUGAUAUCAUCUCCUACUCUGCAGGCUUUGACUUGUCAGGGUUGUUUGAGCAGACUGAACAGAAAAAGGAAGUGCGGUUUACAUCCAACAAAACAGCCCCAACCAUCAUCUCUAAGCUGGAGGACAUUGCAAAGCGUCUGAGACUGAAAAUAAAGAAGAGGGAUGGAGGGUUGCUGAAAAUGGAAGGAUCCACUGAAGGCAGGAAGGGGGUGUUGGGCAUUGAAACUGAAAUCUUCGAGAUCACCCCGUUUUUUCAUUUGGUGGAAGUGAAGAAGUGUAGUGGAGAUACAUUAGAGUAUCAGAAGGUCAUGAAAAAGGAUAUUAGACCAGCUCUGAAGGACAUUGUUUGGACUUGGCAAGGGGAGCAGCCGCAGCAAGAACAACAACAAGAGCCGCCACAACUAGGGCAGCCGCAGCAGGAGGAACCAGAAGAGCAACAAGAGCCACCCCAACUAGGGCAGCAAGAGCAACAGCCUUCUCUGGCACUCCCUGUGCAAGUGGUCUCGCCCCAGGAUUCAUAACAAGGGGAAGAAACGGUGGUAGAUUUAAUUGUAGUAUGUGAUGAUGUGUACUUUGUUGGUUUAUUGUUGAGAAGCGUUGAUCAUUGUGGCGAUUACAAAGUACAAUGAAUGCAAGAAUUUGACUUGCCUUGAUUCAGUGUGGAUGAUAUGCAUCUAUAAGAUGAAAUAUUUGCUCUUACUAUUUUUUUUUACUUUUGGUUUUAAAGUCUCA